AUGCAAACCUUAGAUAGCAAUCAAGAGCAGAACCCGCCGAUAGGGUCUCAGAAACGCAAACGAAGACCCCGUGUGGAUUGUCAAAAUGCCAUACAAUUGCUGGCGAAAGCCCUUAAGAUAGAGUCUUCUGCCGAUCCAUGCACGUCUAUGAAUGGAGAUCAAAUCGCUGAGAGCGCACUACAGUUGUUUUCGAAGCAACCUGAAGUUUCUGGCAGCGUAAACGUUUUGGAGGGGAAGGGAAGCGAGUCAGCUCUUGCAACAGAGAAUAGGGAGGAGCUACCUUCUAUCAACGAUCAAAAUGCAAUCCAAGAAUUCUUUCGGAAGAAUAGAACAAAGAAAUUACGCGACUUUGUCUCAGCACGACGUCCGUACGACAUUGAGGUACCGACUGAUCGACCAGCAGAUGAGCAGAUGCAUUUCUCUAUCCCUAGUGAUCAUCCGAUGAGAAAAAUUUUAGAACAGUCCGACAAAGGGAUGUCCGUGAAGGAGGCUCUCGCUAAAGAGUUCCGAAACUACAAAGUUCGAUUGCCAAAGAAAAGAAUACAAUUCGAUGUUGAUCCUGCCAUUGAUCCUUCUGUGUUAUAUUCACUUUUUGCAAACGAUUCUGUGGACGAGAAUAGUGUCGUAACGGCCACCACACCAACAAUGACUACUGUUCGAGACGCGCUUACCGCCUUGGUCAGCGUAGCUGAUGGUGCUAGCUCAUCAUCGGAUAAUGGAACAUCGGAAGUGGAUCUAACUACAUUGGUUAAGCCUGAACCAAGUGAUCCUGUCACAGAACCAGGCACUUUGAUGCGGUUCAGUGCUGCGUCACUCAACAGUGAAAAAGCUGGCCAAAGUAUAUACUCACUGCCACCAUUUUGGAAGCUUCCUCUAAUUGUUUCCAAAGGCUAUCGUGGAAUCUACUAUGUGCAGGGAAUCAAAUAUGUGCAAAUAACAACGUUAAUGAAAGGUGAUGCUCUGGCUGUUUCUCUCGACUUGCCGAUGGGUUUUGACCUUAAUGGUCAUCUCGCGACAUUCACCCUGAAUGAUUUACUUUUAGCAAACGGUAUCGCGAUAAAUGAUCCUAAAAACUGCAAGGAAUUGUGUAGGAUAUUUACACCUAGCGUGUUCCUCAUACAGCAUGCUAUUGCGGAUCAUCUCUUGUGGAACUGUGGACCGAAUUCCUUGAAUCCGCUGGCAGCUUUGAACCUAGAACAUUAUCUUAUUCCAAUUUCCUGUGAGAUUCCUCCAUUUGCAUGUCAUAAACCGCAAUAUUUUGAGCUGGGUUUAAAUGGUUGGUAUGGUCACAAUGAAGUGUUCGACCCAUGUACGCCAGUUCCACAUUCUCCGUCUGGUUCAACUACGCCUUCCGUGUGUGAGGACGUAAAACCGGUGAUAACAUCAACAAAACCGUUGAAUCUAAAAUGCUCUUCCAGCGGCUCGAUCGACCCGUCGGCUGCACAUUCUUCUGGAUCAGUUACGCCGCCAUUUUCCGACGAUUUAAAGCCUGUCGCAAAAACACAAAAUAUACCUUUGUCGGCUCGGCAAAAAGGUCUCGUCGUGACUCAUUUUGACACUGGUGCUUCUGUUGAGGAGUUAUCGCUCAAAUUCGAAGUGCCGAAGGAAGCGAUAGAAUCAAUAAUAUUAAAUCGUGCGGAAGUAAUUCGUGAUCAGACGGCUGCUUUAAUGGCAGAAGCGGACGAUGAGCGAGAUAAGCAGAUAUUACAAGGGACUAGAAAGAAAAACAGGGUGCGAAGGACGUCAUUUGUUGGGUUGAACAUUCUGAUGUGGCGAUUCUUCAAGGAUUGUCGCGAUAGUGGAAUCGUCCUAAACGGGAAGUUGCUAAAGGAGCAUGCAAUGAUGAUCUCAAGGCAGUUAGGUCUAGAAAACUUCAAAGGCUCGGAGGGAUGGCUGGAUGCGUUUAAAAGACGCCAUAAAAUUGAUCUCAAAAAUAUGUCAGGUGUGCCUGUGAACUAUGAAGAAACGGAUGAUGAUAGAAUGGAAGAGGAUCAUGAUGACGUUGUGGCAAGCGUAGCAAACGCUAGCACAAGUAACUCAACAGCGAAUCCGCAUGAGAUUAACAUCUCUCAGAUUCAAUCGUCCAGUGAAGGAACUACAGCAGCUCUCCUGGAAUGUGUUGAGAAGGCGAGCGCUCCGCCAGCUGGUGCUGUCGCCAGCAUUUCGAGUACAAAGCCAUUAGAUCUAGGGAAUCUCUUCAGGACCGCGGAUGAUUCCUCUUGCACUAACGGGGUCGGAAAUAUGGUGAAUGGAGUGUCACACAUCACUCCUGUCACCCCACAUCAUUCGAGGUUUCCUUCACAGAUGCAGAUGACGCCAUCAACGUCACUAGACGAACAUGGUUUCAUAGCAGCUGUUGUGAAGAGUGCAGCGAUUAGUGUGCACGAUAAGGAGCUAUCAUCAGCUCUGGAAACUAUCAGAAGUUACAUACUUAUAAACGAUUCUUCAGCAAUGCCUGCAUUUUUAGAACUUCAAAUGAAGUUAGCUGCGAUCUCCCGAGAACAAAGUAAGCGAGAGAAACAAAAUCGAAUAAAUGGGCAUACGGAUGAGAUUGGCCCAUCAUAA